AUCUGAUUGUUGAUAACAAAAAAGUUGCAACCAAUUUUAUCAUCUCGGCGCAAUUCUCGAAUUUUGAACUACAAAUUCAUAUUGAUAGAUCUCAGACAUAAGAUACUCAGAUUAUAUAAGAUGCAGAUGACAAAAACGUGUUAGAUAAAUUAUAUAUUUUAAUAUGUAUUUAUAGAUAGCAUUUGUUUAUCUCGUGUUAGGAUAAAGAAAAAAUAACAAUCAGCGAUUUCUUUUGCAUAUGAUUAAAAAGAAGAUUGUUUUUCUGCCUGGUUAAUUAUAUAAACCAAUUUCAUAAAACACGGACAUGCUUGUCAAUAAGCAUAAUGUGUUUCGAAUUGAUGAGCUCCGAUUAGAAACACACUUAUGUAACUGACCUUCGCAUCCAACAAUAGUGUUUCCGUUUUAAAUAAAUUUCGUCGUAUCUAUUAUUUUAAAAUGGGAGCUCUGAUUAUUUUCUUCUGUGAUAUCAUUUUGGCAAGUUAUCUGAUUCCUGCAACUGACUAUUUAAGUUCCCUUAUUUUCGAAAUUUCUUAAGUAUUCAAAGUUGUGGAGUAAUAAUGGAGUUGACAACAGCUUUACUAUUUACGUGCUUAAUUGCUUUUAUUAUUUAUUUGAUUGCUGGACGGGAUGCUCGCAAAUUGCCUCCAGGUCCUUAUGGAUUACCUUUCGUUGGUUACAUCCCAUUCAUGAGCUCUAAGCCGUAUUUGGACUUGCAGAAAUUAGCGAAAAAAUAUGGCAGCGUUUUCAGAUUGCGUUUAGGUACUCAAAACACUAUAGUUUUAAGUGACUAUCAGUCUACCAAAGCUGCUUUUUUUCAAGAUGCAUUUAUGGGAAGACCACCUGUUUCACCUUUUGAGCUUAACAAAGAAACUUUAGAAACCGGUGCUUUCAAUGAAUUACCAUGGAAAGAGCAAAGAAGAUUCUCCCUUCACAUGCUCAGAGAUCUCGGAUUUGCAAAAACACGAAUGGAAGAGCACUUGAAAGAAGAAAUUCAUGAUUUGUUAGAACAUUUUGAAGAGUUUGGAGGAAAGCCAAUUGUUCUUAAGCCUCUUUUAGCUCCUAGCAUGUCUAACAACAUAGCCACGCUUGUUUUCGGGCAAAGGCUAAAAUAUGAUCAUCCAGUGCGUCGAAUGCUGGAUAAGGGUUUAGGUGACGCUGCUGCAGCCGCUGGACAAGUAGCUUGGGAACUAUUUUUUCCAUUCCUAGCCAGCGUUGUAAAAUUGCUUGGUUUCGGUGGAGCUGCUAAAAUUGCUAAAACUCAACAGGAAACUAAAGAAUAUAUCCAGAAACAAAUUGAUCAACACGAGCAAACUUUGGAUGAAAACAAUAUAAGAGAUUACAUUGAUGGCUAUUUACUGGAAAUACGAAAAAGAAAUGACAAAGCUUUUUGCAAGCCUGUACUUGAAGACAUGGUUGGAGCUUUCUUUGGUGCAGGUAGUGAAACAGUACGUCUUACAUUGGAUUGGCUUACACUGACCAUGGCGGCUUUUCCAAAUGUUCAAGAAAAAGUAGCAGCAGAAAUUGAAAGUGUGAUUGGCCGAAACCGUACCCCUUGCUGGAAAGAUCACGCAGACAUGCCUUACACUGAAGCGACCAUAAUGGAACUAAUGAGAUGGCGAACUAUUAUUCCUAUAAACGUUCUGCGAUUUACUUUGACGGAUACAGAACUGAAUGGUUACUUUAUUCCCAAAGAAAGUUUCGUGAUCGCCAACUUGUGGGAUAUUCAUCACAACCCUGAAUACUGGGGAAAAGAUGCAGAAGAAUUUCGUGUUGAGAGAUUCCUAACGGAUGACGGGAAACAAGUGAAAAAAUCGGAAUAUUUCAUUCCAUUUUCAAUUGGGAAGCGGCAAUGCCCAGGAGAAUCUUUUGCGAAAAUUGAAGUUUUCUUGUAUUUUGUUUCAAUUCUACAGAAAUUCAAGAUCUCUUUACCACCUGGAACAAAGCCAAAUUUUGACGGAGAUUUAGGGAUUGGUCUUUGUCCAAAGCCGCAUGAAUUGUGUUUGACCAAACGGAAUUGACUGUACAGUUAUACUUGAACACUUGAAAUUUGUUUUUGUGUGAAAUAGAGUUUUAAUUUUUUCAUAUGUUAUUUUACUUCACUCAUUUUCAUCUUCCUUAAUAAAAAAUGUUUUCAUUUUA